GUGAGUUCUGAUUUAUGUGCAACAAUGACGUGACAAAAUUAACAGAGAGGAAGAAACUGUCUGCAAUCUAAAGGAAAAUGUGUCUGGUCAUAUUCAGUUACGGCAAUGUCGGAGAUAGCCGGCUUCAAUUGAAUAAAGGCUAUCAGCAGGAUCUUGACAGUUGCGUAAGCGCACACGCUGUCGCACGAGUAUACAAACGAAGCGUCAAGUAGUUACGAGGGACACAGUGCCGCAAGCUGUUGUCAGCUUCUAACCUUGUAUGCGCAAUACCCCUUGAUAUUAUAAUCUGAUAAGCCCUGUAAGUACCUGACGCACUUUGACCACAGUGGUGUUUUACUGGAGCUCACUGAAAGACCACAACUAUGUCACCAAUAAACCUCCACUGUCAAACACCCUUGAAGAAAGUUGAUGUCCUCAGCCAGUAUCUGCCAGGUCGUGAUGUUUAUCUCAAAAUGGAGUCUAGCCAAGUGACUGGGUCAUUCAAAAUGCGGGGCAUUGGCUGUAGAGCCCGAAAGGCAGUGGAGAAUGGGUGCACCCAUCUGCUCAGCUGUUCAGGAGGAAAUGCUGGCCUGGCUACAGCAGAAGCUGCCCGACUGCUCUCAGUACCCUGCACCGUUGUGGUUCCACAAACAACCACCCAGAGAAUGAUUUCAAGAAUCCAGGAGAAAGGUGCCACAGUCAUUCGUCAUGGUGAUAACUUUAAUACUGCCCAACGCAAGGCUUUCGAAUUAGUGAAUGAAAUUAAGGGAUCAGUGUAUGUUUCACCAUAUGAUCACCCAGAUAUAUGGGAAGGUUGCACAACUGUUGUACGAGAACUGAGUUUAGAAAUGCCCGAGAGACCAGCUGUAAUAGUCGCAUCUGUGGGGGGUGGUGGCCUGUUGACAGGUAUUUUGGAUGGCCUCAAGGAAGUAGGCUGGCAAGAUGUACCUGUCCUUGCAAUGGAAACAUAUGGUGCCCAUUGCUUCAACCUAUCUAUGAAAGCUUCACAAAUUGUUGCAAUGGAAAAAAUAACCAGUAUAGCUACAUCCCUGGGAGCAAGAACAGUUACUGAGGGGCUAAUGGAACGUGUGCCCCACUUUAAAGUAAUGUCUGAAGUUGUAGAGGACAAGGCAGCAGUUCAAAGCUGUCUGAAGUUCGCAGAACUGGAGAAUGUGGUGGUGGAACCCGCAUGUGGAGCCACACUGGCAGCCCUCUACUCCGGUAUUCUGUCAAGACUGGACUCUGAGCACCGCAUUCCACCAGGUCCUGCUGUUCUCAUUGUAUGCGGUGGUACUGGAGUUACUCUGGAUCAGCUGCAGACUUGGGCUACACAACUGCAGUAACUAGUGUAGUCCACAUGCACAAAUUAUAUCACAUGGUUUUCCUUUUUCUACAGACAUAAUACCGUGGUUAAUGCUGAAAAAUUCAGGGACUGUAUAAACUAUUUACAACAGAAAUAUUUAUUGUGAAAAUAUAGUGAGAUAUCUGUCCAAAUAUGAUUGCAAUGAAUACAAUAACUUAUGUUUUACAAA